CAUAACAAAUCAAGAGUCACAAAUAAACGGUGAUAAGAACAUGGUCCAAAGCAGAGAUGAAAGUGGGGCCCAGUUUCCUCGGGCACUCCCUCCAUAAAUAGCAACACACCUUUCUCAGAACACAAACCUCUGACUCAGUUGAGUUGAGUAUUCCUUCCUCUGCUCACAAGUCAUAAAUCCCAUUUUCAGUGUUCCCACUCACCAUGCCUUCUCUCAUCGCCAUUGUGACCCUCAUAGCCGUUGUUCUGACUUCCACCGAGGCGAGGAUCCCGGGCGCCUACAGCGGCGGCGCGUGGGAGACCGCGCACGCCACGUUCUACGGCGGCAGCGACGCGUCGGGGACAAUGGGCGGCGCGUGCGGGUACGGGAACCUGUACAGCCAGGGCUACGGCGUGAACACGGCGGCGCUGAGCACGGCGCUGUUCAACAACGGGCUGAGCUGCGGUGCCUGCUUCGAGAUAAAGUGCGCCAACGACCCCAGCUGGUGCCACGCUGGCAGCCCCUCCAUCUUCGUAACCGCCACAAACUUCUGCCCCCCAAACUACGCUCUUCCGAACGACAAUGGAGGAUGGUGCAACCCUCCUCGGCCUCACUUCGACCUGGCCAUGCCCAUGUUCCUCAAAAUCGCUCAGUACCGCGCCGGCAUCGUCCCCGUCUCUUACCGCAGGGUGCCUUGCCGUAAGCAGGGAGGGAUGAGGUUCACGAUCAACGGUUUCCGUUACUUCAACUUGGUUUUGAUCACCAACGUCGCGGGUGCAGGGGAUAUCGUGAAGACGAGCGUGAAAGGGUCGAAGACUGGGUGGAUGAGCAUGAGCCGCAACUGGGGUCAGAACUGGCAAUCAAACGCUGUUCUGGUUGGUCAGUCACUCUCCUUCAGGGUCACAGCCAGUGACCGACGCACCUCCACCUCCUGGAACCUCGUACCCGCCAAUUGGCAAUUUGGUCAAACAUUCACCGGCAAAAAUUUCAAAGUCUAAUUACUAUGUUUCAUGGCUUUUUUUUUUUUUUUUUUUUUUACCUCUGUAGUUUUGAAUUUACCUUGGGAUGUGGAUAUAAGGGAAACGGCGAGAAAAAAAAUGGUGGGAAAGUAAUGUUGUGGUAGUGAUUAGUCAAACUUUUUGACUUUUUUCGUUGUCUUGGUAUACGAGUUUGAAGUUUUAUAGUAGGAUUCUAGGAAAAUGGAGGGAAACUUUAUGUAACGGGCUGAAGUGGCUUCAAAUGCAUGAGCCCGCAGCUAUGUUUCUUAUCUUAGUAUAUUUAUAUAUAUUGUAUGAAAAGAUCAAGUGUGUUUAUCUUAUCUUGUUUUUCUUCUUUAUAA